CACAGUGUCACUGGUGUCUCUACAGCAGAACGGCAAAAUGCUACAUUGGCCUUGCUCACAGCUGGGAGGAGGACAGCAUCGCCAGCAGCCUGAGCAGGGGCUGGGAGAAGGGAAGUUUUGUGCUCUUCACCCUGCAUAAACUCUGCUCACAGGUUAUUAACAUCCUGCAGCAAGUCAUCUCUUUCUGCCUGGAGGUUUGUGGAAGAAAUAAGCAAUACAUGAAACUGGAUGCAAUUUAAUUUUACAUCUGUUCAUUCGGGACCUCGAUGAGUGAUACACGGGGAGAAGUAGAAGAUGGCGAAUUCCACAGAGAAUGCAACUGAGAAGUGCAUUAUCAAUCAUGACAUCCACCAGACGUUGUCCCCCGUGGUGUACAUCUUUGUAUUUAUACUGGGCUUGCCCGCCAACUGCCUGUCACUCUACUACGGGUAUUUACAGAUCAAGGCUAAAAAUGAAUUGGGUAUCUACCUUUGCAAUUUGACAGUAGCAGACCUGCUCUACAUAUUUUCUUUGCCUUUUUGGCUUCAGUAUGUCUUGCAGCACGACAACUGGACCUACGAUGAGACGCUGUGCAAAAUUUGUGGUGUCCUCUUGUACGAGAAUAUCUACAUCAGCGUGGGCUUCCUCUGCUGCAUCUCCAUCGACCGCUAUCUCGCAGUAGUGCACCCUUUUCGAUUUCAACGCUUUCGGACAAUGAAGGCCGCUGUGAUCGUCAGCAUCAUUAUCUGGACCAAAGAAAUAAUAACCUGCUACUUUUUCUUUAUGCACGGGGAGAUCAGUAUGGAUGCCGAGAGCCACGUGGUGUGCUUCGAGCAUUACCCCAUCAAGGAAUGGGAGCACAACGUCAAUUACUACCGCUUCUCUGCUGGCUUCCUUUUCCCCUUCUUCCUGCUGGCCUUCUCUUACUGCGGGAUUUUACGAGUCGUCCGCAAGAGUCACGGCACUCAAAAGAAAAAGAAAAUCCAAAUUAAACGACUGGUUUCAAGCACUGUGCUCAUUUUUUUAGUUUGCUUUGGACCAUACCACAUUCUGCUUGUGAUUCGCAGCUUGUUGGAGAACAACUGCUCGUUUGCCGAGAAAAUAUUUAAUAUUUACCAUUUUUCUCUCCUAUUGACUACUUUUAACUGUGCUGCUGAUCCAGUAUUGUAUUGUUUUUCCAGCGAAAGCACUUACCAGAACUUUGCCAGGAUGCGAGACUCUUGUUUAACGUGUUUAGGGUGUCUGAAGACUGAGACGAAGGAAUCGUAUCCACUGAGCGCUCCAGAAUCUCAGAACACAGCAUGAGCAGCAACCAGGGUUAUUGCAAAUAUCACAUGAUAGUACUGGAAUGAAGGACUCCACUACUAACACGGGAAGCCUAUAGCAUUCAUCAAAAAAGGACAUUAAUCUAAAAUUUGCAGCUAUGGCCAUGUUUGUGUAUCUAUCUGAUUUAUCCAUGCAUUACAACUGCAUUACCUCCCAAAGGCUAAUUAGCAACGCAGUAGAGAGAGGUCAUUUCUGGAGGUGCUUGGACCUUGGCGAUAGUGAGGAAAGCACAGGCUAAGUCAGUUCAGUUGCCAUCACGGGUCUGUUGCCGUUGUGGUACCACUCAAAAUCUGUUGUCUUGAUGACCGUGUUGGCUGGAAUAAGCUAGUGCUCAUGGUGUGUGGUUCUGUUGAAUUUGUUUUAACUGCUCUCUGUUUGCUGUCAUCAUCUGUUGAAAAGGUUGGAGACAGAACAAAUUAAAUGUCCCCAUAUGUACUUUUAAAAAGAAAAAUAAUUGCAUUUCUGUAACAUCCCUGUAACUCUGAAGUAACUUCUCCUUCAGCCAGUUUCAAGGCCUGCAGAGACCAUGCCAAAACCAACCUCCUAAAAUAAUCCAAUAACAUGAGAUGUUCUGGGAGAACAUGCACAAAGAACUCAGCAUCUGCUGAGUCCUUCAAUCUGUUGAUUGACUGUUGAAUCUCAGACUGUUGAACGUUGUUGUAAGCCUCCUGUUGACUUCCAGAGGUAUGAGAACUCUUGGCUCCAGUGGGGAUAGAGAAUUUGGUCUGUUGCCCUGGAAAAGACCAGGAGGUUGGUAGUACCUCAAGUGAGGUGCUUUGAACCCCUGCACUUCUCUUGAGUCACUGUGUUCAAAGAAAAUUUAGUUACAGCCGAAUUCUACUAAACCUUGCUAAAGUUUGGGUUGUGUCCUUCAAAAUGUGUGUGUCUUGGGCAGCGCAGACCAUUCAGGCAAUUAAAUAACGGUGCAUUUGUCAGGGAAACUGGACAUGGAUUCUGCUCAAACUGGGUUUUCUCCCCCAGAUCCUAGAGCUUAGGGUUUGGUCAUUGCUCGGUAAAUACAGUAGCAGAAAUAUGAUGUAUGAAUGAUCUCUGUUUCCUGGUUUAGACAGAAACAAAAUGCAGGAAUGAGUGGAGAUAAUUGUAAUUAAACAUGUGCUCUAUACUGUUUUUCCUACCACUGUCUCCUCUCUAGGUUUGUUUUGGGGUUUUUUUUCUUUAUUAUACUAAUGAAUCCUGUAUGAUUCUUCUUUGUGAUCCGUUCAUCAUUCCUUCUUGUAACUCUUACACUAUGGCUAUUGCCUUGUUCUUCCAUGUCCCUGGUUUCCAAUCUUUCUUGAAACACCUCUCUUUCUGCAACCUGGAGCUGGUAACUUGCAGUAGUAUAAUCGCUUUUGUUUCUUUU